UUGUGGCAGCAUAUGCCAUUGCAAUGUGAAGUAUUUAGAAUCACUGAAGAGAGAAUUGGGAGGCAUCAGAGAUUUUUAUUUUUUUGCCCUUCUCACUCCCACCCCAAUAAUAUACUAUUAUAAAUAAUCUGACAUUAAUGGCACAACCGAAUGCUUUGCCCUUUUGAAGGUGUGGCCUUUCAGUUUAUAUUUUACAGCAAGGGUGUGUCAACUCAUUUUAGAUUGUGGGCCAUGGGGAAAGGUUAGCUUAGGGGGCUGAUUUUUGUUUGUUAAACCAUGCCAUACCCAUGCAAGCGCAUGAUAAACGCAUGCUCUUCUGGAGCUUGUGAAGUCCAGAAUCAACUUUAUGCAAUAGCAAUACAUGGAAUUUGAAAUGAAUUCUUUCACAAGACUUUCCAGCUCCACACAGCAGGGAGAAGUUGUGGAGUAUGUUGGAUCAUUGCCCAAGUUGUAAAGCUGCGCAAUGCAAUGUUUCGUUAAGAAGCAUUGUGAUUUCAGUUACUCCACAACAUUGGCUACGAUAGCAUAUUUAACCCCACCUUUUAAGUCUCUGCUUGCUACUGGAACAUUCUUCAGAGAUUUACAGGGUGGUACUAAACAUGGGUGGAGUUGAGUUGUAAAACGUUUACUGUCAUUCAGAGCAGCCGCUACCACUAAACAAAACUGUGCUGAUACUUUGCCAUCUCCAGAUGUUAUUGUAAAAUGCAUGGAGCUGGAUCACAGACUAUCCUUCCCUCUGGUACUUAAAGUUUUAUGGGUGACGCAUUGUUUGAUAUGUUUGAAUGAUUUAAUCAGCCAGACCACAACUUUCAAUUCCAGCCCACAUUAUUCCAACUCCAGUGGUAGUAUUUUGAUUGUAACUUCUAUCUCAUUGACUUAACUUAGACAUGUGAUUUUAAUGUGGUUGGUGACUCCUCUGUGAUGAUUGCUGAUGACUGCCUUUUUCCAGUCAGCUGAAGGCAAACUGCCAACAGCCGUCAUUGUCUGAGGAGAUCUUUCUCAAUGAUAGCUGCUUCAUUACAGCAUUCAACUUUUGUUCUGUUCCAAAACCUAGUGAGCUGUCCAACUAGACUGCAUUUUAAGGCCAUUGGCAUUAGGGAUGCUCCAGUCAGGAUUUUUGCAGCUGAUACAGACUACCGAUUGAUUGACCGAUACCGAUCCCAAACAUUCAAGCUUUAUGCAGUGAACUGUAAGGGCCAGCACAGCAUCUCCUACACGCUGUCCAGAAACCAGACGGUGGUGGUGGAGUACAGCCAUGACAAAGACACAGACAUGUUCCAGAUCGGUCGAUCGACGGAGGGCCCUAUUGAUUUUGUGGUGACUGACACUGUGUCAGGGGGAGGGGAGAGUGAGGACACACCCAUCACUCAAAGCACCAUCUCCCGCUUUGCCUGCCGGGUGGUGUGUGAACGUAACCCGCCCUACACGGCGCGCAUCUACGCUGCAGGCUUUGAUUCUUCCAAGAAUAUUUUUCUCGGAGAGAAAGCAGCCAAAUGGAAGAAUCCAGAUGGUCACAUGGACGGGCUGACAACCAAUGGUGUGCUAGUCAUGCACCCACGGGGCGGGUUCACAGAGGAGUCCAAGCCUGGUGUGUGGAGGGAGAUAUCAGUGUGUGGAGAUGUUUACACGCUGAGAGAAACACGGUCUGCUCAGACUCGAGGCAAACUGGUGGAGAGUGAGAGUAACGUCCUGCAGGACGGCUCUUUGGUUGACCUGUGCGGAGCCACACUGCUCUGGCGCACAGCCGACGGACUUUUCCACACCCCUACUCAGAAGCACCUGGAGGCCUUGCGGCAGGAGCUGAACGCAGCCCGGCCUCAGUGCCCUGUGGGCCUCAACACUCUGGCAUUUCCCAGCAUGCAGCGCUGUAGCCGUGCCCUGUCCAACGUACCCACUCAGGAGGACAAACAGCCCUGGGUCUACCUUGCCUGUGGCCACGUUCACGGCUACCACGACUGGGGCCACCGUUCUGAACGAGACCCCAAUGCUCAAAGAGAGUGUCCCAUGUGCAGAACCGUGGGCCCCUAUGUUCCUCUCUGGCUUGGAUGCGAACCGGCCUUUUACGUAGAUACUGGCGCACCGACGCAUGCCUUUGUACCUUGCGGCCACGUGUGCUCUGAAAAGUCAGCCCGAUAUUGGGCGGAGAUUCCUUUACCGCACGGCACCCACGCUUUCCAUGCUGCCUGCCCCUUUUGCGCCACCCAACUCAAUCUGAUGCAAAAGUGGGCCAAGCUUAUCUUUCAGGGGCCUGUAGACUGAGCGCAUAGAGGAGGUCACAAUGAACUGGUGGACGGUGGAUUAUUACGUAAUUGAAGUGGAAUCCAUUAUGCUGAAGGACAGUUGGUAGAAGGCGCGAAUAAGGACCGAUUCAUACCACAAGCUGUGAAGCUGCCCUUGAAAUGCUUAUGCUGGAGAGCAGGUUUUUGCUCCGAUGACAUGGUGAAUGACAGGAGAUGUCCGUCAUGAUUUCCUGACAGUUAUUUUGUCUACCGACCUACAAGAUGUCAAUUCACACCCAGCAUUACCACAUCACUCAGGAGAUUUAAUACAUUUAUAUAUAGGAUUCUUGGCUUUAGAUUCAAGGUGCUUCGUUCGGUUCUUGAUGAUCAUCCUUCCUGUGGAGUUUUGUUGCUUUAAUAAUCCUUCCGGUGAAUUCCAAAGAACUUGAUUAUCUGGUUCUAGUGUGUCGAGUUGGAACAAAACUCUGCAGGAUGGUUGGAACCCCAGGAGCAGGAUCCAUUUAUUUUAAGUAUUUCUAUGUGUGGGAACUCCCAUAUCCUAAAUUCCACUGAGGGCUUCUACAAGGAUCCACAUGUUGGAGCAGUGAUUUGGGAACUGCAAUAAAAUGGUGUUUUCCAAAGAUAAAAAAGGGUGAUUGGUUAGUUUUUAUUUUAUCCUUUACAUGAAGAGCUACCAACAUAACACUCCUUAAGGUUUCUGCAGGAAUACUGAUCAGCCACAGUGGAUGCUUCGUUUUUCAAAUGGAUUGUGUACAAUGGAAUUAGAGUAACUUGUCAUGUUUAGCCUAGUCCUCCAUGUUCACCUACUUCAGUGAUCUCAAGUAUUUGGAAACUAACACAUUUUUUCAUUUUUGUCUCAAUGGUAGAAGAUUUUAAGCUUUGAUGUAAAGGUAUUUUUAUUCAUACCGGGGUAACCGGUAACAAAAUUAACAAAGGAUGUUGCCAAAUAUUUUUAACAAAUAGUUUGUAACUAAAAGUAUAGUACCUGGUGUAAUUUUUACCACUUGAAAAGCGUGUUCCAAAUAUUGGUAAUGUUCAUUGCUUGCCAUUUUCCCUUCAUUUUCCACAUGUCGAUGUUGCUCUACAAUCAAAGCGGAUGUGAAAAUUGUGGACUAUUCUGCAAUCAGCAUCUAGACUUUUCCCAAAUGUGGAAAAUUAUUCAAUUGAGAUUGAAAACAAUGAUGGUAGAGGUUUGACGUACAGGUAACAAUUUCUUACUGGUCAAAAUUCAUUCUAUUUAAACUGUUUUAUAAGCUUGUAAUGAGAUUAAAAUGACUUAUUCCACUAUUUUCCUAAAAUUUAUACAGAGAUGGUUUCUUAUAACUAAAGACAUUUUUACAGUGGUGUCAAAGAAGUGUUGUUGUUUUUUUUUUUUUAGGCACACUGAAGGGUAUUUUUUUAAACUGUUGCAUUUACAGAGCCUUUUUUUUUUUCCUUUUUACUCACUGAAAAGUAUUUUACUACACAAAAGCCCAUGUACAGAUUGUUUGUUUGUUAAAACAGAUACUAAUAUAUUUAUUCAAUAUGUACUUUACUGUGUGGUAGGUGUCUGUAUGAAUGUAUCAGCCUGAACAACAUCUGGUCAUCAUUCAUUUAAGUGCAUGCUGCGUCCUCAUACUUGUGUACAGUUGGUAGUCAUAAUUUCUUUGAUGCUCAAGCCUUCUGGUCAUGCUUGUUUUUGCAAAAUAACCCAAGAUUCCUACCACACUCAAUGUUACUUUCAGACCCAAUAUGAACACUGUAAAAUGUCACCUUAGAUUUCAUGUGUAAAUGAAAUAUUGAAAUGUUC